AUGGAUCAUUCGAACGAGAAAACUCAGGGGAUAGAACAUUCAGAAAUGUCUAACAAUGUAAGCGAUCCAAAAGGUCCGCCAGCCAAAAUAGCCCGCCUUGAGCAGAAUGGAAGUCCUCUAGGAAGAGGAAGAGUUGGAAGUACAGGAGGAAAAAUGCAAGGGGUGCCUCUUAGACAUUCCGCUCAUAUGAUGAGGACCAGUAUCCGAAAAGGAAAUAUGCUUCCAGUUUUUUGCGUGGUGGAACAUUAUGAAAAUUUCAUUGAAUAUGACUGCAAAGAGGAGCAUGCAGAGUUUGUAUUGGUUAGGAAGGACAUGCUUUUUAACCAGUUGAUUGAAAUGGCUCUACUGUCCCUUGGAUAUUCUCACAGUGCAGCUGCCCAAGCCAAAGGGCUGAUCCAAGUUGGUAAAUGGAAUCCAGUUCCACUUUCCUGUGUUACAGAUGCUCCUGAUGCCACUGUAGCAGAUAUGCUACAAGAUGUGUUUCAUGUGGUCACACUGAAAAUACAACUACAUAGUUGUCCCAAACUUGAAGACUUGCCUCCUGAGCAGUGGUCCCACAUAACAGUACGUAACGCUCUGAAGGACCUGCUGAAAGAUAUGAAUCAGAGUUCACUGGCUAAGGAAUGUCCUCUGUCCCAGAGUAUGAUUUCUUCCAUUGUGAACAGCACUUACUAUGCAAAUGUCUCAGCAGCAAAAUGUCAAGAAUUUGGAAGGUGGUAUAAACAUUUCAAGAAGACAAGAGAUAUGAUGGUUGUAGUUGACAUGGAAGAUGAAUUGUCUCAACAAAAUACAAAUCAUGUGAACUUUGGUCAGCAGCCCAUGCCCGGUAAUACUCCCGAAAGGCCUUCUUCCCCAGGACAGCACUCUCUGAGCAGUCAGCCACCUGUCCGGACACCGCUUCCUAACUUGCAUCCAGGACUUGUAUCUGCUCCCAUCAGCCCUCAGUUAGUAAAUCAGCAGCUGGUGAUGGCUCAGUUACUGAACCAGCAAUACGCAGUGAACAGACUUUUAGCCCAGCAGUCCUUAAACCAGCAGUACUUGAACCACCCUCCUCCAGUCAGUCGAUCAAUUAACAAGCCUUUGGAGCAACAAGUCUCGCCCAACACAGAGGUGUCUUCCGAUAUCUACCAGUGGGUACGUGACGAACUGAAGCGGGCAGGAAUCUCGCAGGCAGUAUUUGCACGUGUGGCUUUCAACCGAACUCAGGUAAAUAAAGUUCUGCUUUUUGCUGUAUUUAUUUUUAUUACACUUUUUUUCUUUUUUGUUUAA